AUGUUCUUCAAGACUGCCGUCAUUGCCGCUCUCCUCCCUUCGGUCUUUGCGACCAAGGGCAAGGGUCCUGAUAAGGAUGGUAAAUACUGGCUCUCCGGAGACGGUAUCAAGGCUGCCUUUAUCCCCUACGGCGCCUCCAUCACCAACCUUUUGAUCGAUGACCAGUACGGUGUCUCCCGAGACAUCGUUGCUGGUUUCGACAACGCCACCCACUACAGCAUGGACAAGGGUCAUCCUCAUCUCGGUGGUGUCCCCGGACGAUACGCCAACCGUAUCCGAAACAGCACCUUUGAGAUUGACGGCAAGGAUUAUCACGUCAAACCCAACGAUAACCCUACCAAAGAGUCUCCCGAUGGCGCCGAUACCCUUCACGGUGGCCCUGACGGUUGGGAUUACCGCAACUUCACUGUUGUGUCCUACACCGACUCGAGCAUCACCUUCUCCAUUGUCGACCCCGAUGGCAAGGAGGGUUUCCCUGGCGAGGUUGUGUCCUACGUGACAUACACCCUCGAGGGAAUGGACUGGGACAUCAAGAUUGUCGCAUUGGCCACCACCAAGAAGACUCCCAUCAUGUUGACCUCCCACACAUACUGGAACCUCGAUGGCUUCUCCAACAACGAGACAAACACUGUUUCCAACCACUCUCUGCACAUGCCCUACGGUGGCCAGCGCAUGGACGUUGACAACAUCCUUAUUCCCACUGGUGAUAUCAUUGCCAACAAGAAGGGAUCCGUCAAUGAUUUCUGGAGCAAGAGAAAGAUGAUUGGAGACCAAGAGAACAACGAGGAUCUGAAGAACAACUGCGGUUUCAACUGUACCGGAUAUGACACCUGCUACACAGUCAACCGUGGCCAGCUCGGUAACUACAACUGGCGCACCGAAGGUCCCGUUGCUAGUCUGUCUUCCGCCUGGUCUGGCAUCCAAGUCGACAUUUACUCGGACCAAGAUGCCUUCCAGUUCUACAGCUGCACGCAACAAAAGGGCGACUUCCCUCUGAAGCGCACUCAGGGUCUUAAGGAUAACAAGGACUUCCCUCGAACUAUCCCCAAGUACGGAUGUGUCGUUCUUGAGGUUCAGGACUACAUUGAUGGUAUCAACCACCCCGAGUGGAUGCGUGACCAGAAGCAAUUCUUUGAGCCCGGUGGUGAUCCUUAUGUUCUCCAGGCUAAAUACACUUUCAGCCUGAAGGGUGGCAAGGAGUAG